UCGUUUCAAUUGCUUUGAAGUCAGAAACCCUAGAAUGUAAAAAGGUUUUUUCUGAAUCUCAAAAGGUGAAAGUACAGAUUUGCCAAUCUUUACACAUACAUGUACUGUAAUCCUGUUAAAAUGCAGCUCCAGAAUGUUAGCAAAAGACGUCAGUAACUGGUUUACUACACUCAGACCUGUUUUUUUUUUUAUUGACAGGUUUUGGGAUUCGGCAAAAUGAAAGUUAACUUAUACAAGGUCAAACCUGUUUGCAAAUCCAGAUCGUAACAGAAUGAGGCUAAACGUGUUCCACAGUCUUCCAUCGGCGACCGCAUUGAUUGCCAGAUUUUACUGUGACCCAGUGACUACUUCGUAGCAAUCAAGCCUUUUGGAAUCUCCAGCUGAUGUUCUCGUCGUCACAAUUCAUACGCCCAUUGCCGUGAACACACCAUCGCCAUGUGCUGUAAAUUGAACCGAUUUUGUUGCUGUGCCUUUUCGUUGCAAACGGGUACCAAAGUCAUCGCCAAUGUUUAUCUGCUAAUUGAGAUUCUAGUGCUGACGUACUUGGGGAUAUCAGAGUACACAGGAUUAUUUUCCUCUACAGAUUUAAUCACGAUGGUUUCAUUAGCCAUGUUGAGCACGAUCCUGGUUCUCAUCUCUGCCACAAAGGAUAGCAAAGCAUCGUUUCUAAUGCCUUGGCUCUUCAUGUGCGCCAUUUUGAUUCUUGGUGGAAUGGGUUACGUUGGAUGGAUCGUCAUUCAAACUGGAGGUCACGCAGUCAUCAUCUUUGGCUUCAUGUUGGUCGGAUUAGCUGGUCUCGAAGUGGCAGUUGUUACAAUAGCUUGGGUUAUUGGAGCAGGCAUUUUUUUGUAUAACUGGUUGAUUGUCUUCAGUUACUACCAUCACCUAAUGGAAAAGAAAAGACAGCCAUUCGAGGAAGAUGCUGCCUCCAUUAGUUACAUAAAAUAUCCUUGAUGACGAAUCGUCGACUUAUAUGUCAUUCCCUCCAACCAGGCAGAAAUCCGAUCUAAUAAUAUUAUUUAAUAAUAAAGUUUCACUAUUUAUUUCGUACACUGUCGAUGUAGUCAAGAACUCAGCGACGAUUCAUGUCUUUGAUGGUUAAGUAUUACUAUUUUAAACAUUUUUUUUCCGUAAUAGUCUAUGAUUACCACAAUUCUCUCAUUCAAUUUCGUUUAAACUUACGUGUUACUUAUCAAGGUGUUCGCAAUUGCAAAGGCAUUUCUUGGUCGUUUAUUUAUAUAAUAAUCCAGCUAAAUUAUGGAACACCCCGUCGUUCCUCUAACCAUUAUCACUUAUGGAACCAUCUAAGUGUACUCCCUCCUUUUUGGAAUACAAUUCCAUAGGUUGCCAAAUGAA